AUGAAGUCGACCAGGUUUAUCAUGUCGCCAAUCAAAUCAAUUACGACUGUUUACCCUACUACCUCAACACGCCCUUGGACGACUGUGACCUCCAUCAUCAGUUCCAUGGUCACGAUGGGCUGCCCAAGUUAUAUCCAUCCUUCCGACACAUGUCAACAGAGUGAUAAAACCUCUUUCACAUAUAGUUUCACCACCGUGGUGGCCACACGGGUGAUGACAGUUACUACCGGGUGCGGUUCUUGUAUCGGUGGUACUACGAGUACCCUGGUCUAUGUCACCUCCACUAGCUCUGGGCCAUAUUCUAACGCUCCCGGCCUACCUAUGAGCAGUGUUCCGUCUGCACCAGCAAGCGUUCCUUCCGCGAAACUCAGUACCUCCACCAUUGGAACCACCAUUGAAGUUUCCAAGGCUCAUCAAACAAGCACUCAAACAGUGACUUCCACCACGAAAGUGGUCAAGGAGAGCUCUUCUAUCGUCACUGUGCCUCACAGCUCUGCUCAGACAAGUGUUGCCAGUAUUGAGUCUGCAGUAACAGCUUCUCACAACAUGAACGUUCCAUCCGUCAGCACAGCAAUCGUGGCCUCGCCCACUACUCCGUCAAACGUGGCCUCCUCGCCUUCCGCACCAACGAACACACAGACGACCGUCACAAUUCCUCUUCCCACGACCAUUACUGUGUGCCCGACGUGCGAUACGACUGCAGCGCAGCCACCGAUGUCUUCACCCCAAUCUCCUGCCUCUUCUGCACCUCCAGCUUCGAACGGCAUGUCACCAUCAGCACCUUCCAAUGCCCCAUCAUCGCCCAACACUAUGGCUGCUUCGACGCCAAUGUCCUCACCAGUCUCUCCCAAUUCUAUGGGUGCGAGCUCUCCUCCAGCGCAGAUGCCUUCUUCGCCUAACAGCUCGCCCCCUGAGGCCAGUAUGUCUCCGCAGCCAAGCGUAUCCACUCAAUCCAGUUCCCUCCCUGCGAGUGAAAUGCCGCCACAGGGCAGUGCUCCUCCUCAGAGUGGUCCAUAUAUGCAAUGCAGCGCGCCUCCGCCUUCGGUCGCUUCUCCUCAGGCCAGCUCUCCCUCGAUGUCUAACUCCACCAUAUCCAUUCACUCGCCCCAGUCUAGUUCCCCUGCGCAGCGUACCAGUGCUGGCUCCAGCGGCACUGCCACAAAGCCGAGCAUGCCACCCACAGAAACCAACAUGUCUUCAGGGUCUGCUCAGAAUGCCAGAGCUUCUGUCUUCACCGUAGCAGUACCCAUUAUUAUGGCUGCUGUUAUGAUGUUGCUCUAA